UUUCACGCUCCCUUCGGCCAGCUCGACUGGCUGGAGAUAAACCCCCCGGAGGCGGCAGGCAAAAGGGAGGAGGGAGUUCAGUUCUCCAUACACAGAUACAGGCAGGCGCACGCGCCGGGCGCGCUCUCUGAGGGAGGGUUACUGCACUCAAGCAGCGGCGACUUUGCUCUUUAAAUUGGUCUCAAAGCCGAUUACAGCUGAUCUCCCACGUGAUAUUUCCCCUUCUGGCUCCUGGCGGAGUUGGGGGGGAGGCGGGGGUAGAGAGACCAGAGAGGAAGGAGUGGGGAACCUGACGAGCUUGGCUCGACUGUGAAGAAGCGCCAGCGAAGAAGUGAGCCUCUCGGAGAACUUUUCUGGACCAGGCUGCGCUAGGCAGCGUCCUUGGCUAGGAGUUAGGGAUGCGCCGGGCGCGUAAAGGAGUGCUGAGGAGCCUGGAGCCCCUCAGGCUCGAAGGGGAAGAGCCUAGCUGCAGCUUUCGGCAGCAGUAGCGCCCAGGGGCGGUGGCAGCAGCGACAGCACCGCCACCCAGGACUGAGGAGAGCGCCGGCGCCAGGCUCCUCAGCUGCGCGCCACAGCGGAGGGUGGCUCUCUUGCCCUGGUGCCUCGCCUUCGCCGUCAGAGGAGCCGCGCAUAUGAGGCGCUGCUGUUGCUCUUGCUCGAAAGCGGGCUCCCGCUGAAGGGAAGCGAAGCGCCAGUUUCUGGAAGCACCAUGCAGAAGAGCGUGCGCUAUAACGAGGGACACGCCUUGUACCUGGCCGUGCUGGCCCGCAAGGAGGGCACCAAGCGCGGUUACCUGAGCAAGAAGACGGCGGAGACGAGCCGAUGGCAUGACAAGUGGUUUGCCCUCUACCAGAACAUGCUCUUCUACUUCGAGAGCGAGCAGAGCGCCCGGCCCGCGGGCAUGUACAUGCUGGAAGGCUGCAGCUGCGAGAGAGCACCGGCCCCCAAGGGCGCAUCCACCGGCAGCGCCAAGGACGCGGCUCUGGACAAGCAGUACUAUUUUACUGUCCUCUUUGGCCAUGAAGGACAGAAGCCACUUGAGCUCCGUUGUGAGGAGGAAGCUGAUGGAGAAGAAUGGGUAGAGGCUAUUCACCAAGCCAGCUACUCAGAUAUCCUGAUUGAGCGGGAAGUAUUGAUGCAAAAAUAUAUUCAUCUCGUUCAGAUUGUAGAGACAGAAAAGAUUUCAGCCAAUCAGUUGCGACAUCAGCUUGAAGAUCAAGACACAGAAAUUGAAAGGCUUAAAUCAGAAAUCGUAGCUCUCAAUAAAACUAAAGAACGGAUGAGACCUUAUCAAGGCAAUCAAGAAGAAGAAGAUCCAGAUAUUAAAAAAAUUAAAAAGGUUCAGAGUUUUAUGCGAGGUUGGUUGUGUAGAAGAAAAUGGAAGACAAUUGUCCAAGAUUAUAUUUGUUCUCCACAUGCAGAAAGCAUGCGAAAGAGAAACCAGAUAGUUUUCAACAUGGUUGAAGCUGAAUCUGAAUAUGUACAUCAACUUUACAUUCUUGUGAAUUGUUUUCUGAGGCCAUUACGAAUGGCUGCAAGUUCAAAGAAACCACCAAUUAGUCAUGAUGAUGUCAGUAGCAUAUUCCUCAACAGUGAAACCAUAAUGUUUCUUCAUGAAAUAUUUCAUCAAGGAUUAAAAGCAAGAAUAGCAAACUGGCCUACUUUAAUUUUAGCUGAUUUAUUUGAUAUUCUGCUACCUAUGCUGAACAUUUAUCAGGAAUUUGUUCGAAAUCACCAGUAUAGUCUCCAAGUGCUUGCAAACUGUAAGCAGAAUAGAGAUUUUGACAAACUCUUGAAGCAAUAUGAAGCCAACCCCGCAUGUGAAGGCAGAAUGCUUGAGACAUUCCUUACUUAUCCUAUGUUUCAGAUUCCUAGAUAUAUUAUCACCCUUCAUGAACUUCUAGCUCACACACCACAUGAACAUGUGGAAAGAAAGAGUCUUGAAUUUGCUAAAUCCAAAUUAGAAGAACUUUCAAGAGUGAUGCAUGAUGAAGUGAGUGACACAGAAAACAUACGGAAAAAUCUUGCAAUAGAGAGAAUGAUAGUGGAGGGUUGUGAUAUAUUAUUGGACACCAGCCAAACUUUUAUACGACAAGGAACUCUUAUUCAGGUCCCUUCAGUUGAGAGGGGUAAACUUAGUAAAGUUCGUCUGGGAUCAUUGUCUUUGAAAAAAGAAGGAGAAAGGCAAUGUUUUUUAUUUACAAAACACUUCUUAAUUUGUACGAGGAGCUCUGGAGGAAAGCUGCAUCUACUUAAGGCGGGAGGAGUUCUCUCAUUAAUAGAAUGCACCCUAUUUGAGGAAACUGAUAUGAAUGAUGAUGACUCAAAAGUUUCUGGACAAGUGUUUGGACAUCUUGACUUCAAGAUCGUGGUAGAACCAGCAGAUGCACCGCCUUUUACUGUUGUCCUGUUAGCCCCUUCCCGGCAAGAAAAAGCUGCAUGGACAAGUGACAUUAGUCAGUGUGUUGACAACAUACGAUGCAAUGGUUUAAUGACCAUAGUAUUUGAAGAAAACUCCAAAGUCACUGUGCCACAUAUGAUCAAAUCGGAUGCUCGUCUUCACAAAGAUGACAUUGACAUCUGCUUCAGCAAAACCCUAAAUUCCUGCAAAGUGCCCCAGAUUCGUUAUGCAAGUGUAGAACGCCUCUUGGAGAGAUUAACAGACUUGAGAUUUCUCAGUAUUGAUUUCCUUAAUACUUUUCUACAUACUUAUCGCAUAUUUACUACUGCAGCAGUUGUACUGGAGAAACUGUCAGAUAUAUACAAAAGGCCUUUCACCUCAAUCCCUGUUAGGUCUUUGGAAUUGUUCUUUGCUACUAAUCAAAACAACAGAGGAGAACAUCUCACUGAUGCCAAAUCUCCCCAUCUUUGCCGCAAAUUCUCUUCUCCUCCCCCUCUAUCACUUUCUAGGACUUCUUCACCUGUCAGAACAAGAAAACUGUCAUUAAGUUCUCCACUAAAUUCAAGAAUAGGGGCUUUAGAUUUAUCUACUUCCUCUCUUGCUAGUAGUCCUACUUCAACAUACAGCCCUGCCACAUCACCACCCCCCACUUCUUCUAAAGUACCAUUGGAUCUUAGCAGAGGCCCUUCGUCUCCAGAACAAAGUCCUGGCUUUGCAGAUGAAAACUCAGAGAACCCACGUAUUGAACUUUGCAACAAACUAAGAAGAAGCAUUCGAAGAGCAGCGGUUCUAGAGUCUGUAUCAGUAGACCGCACAAUUCCAGAAAGUGCCUCAGCUGUGGAUACACCUGAGCUUUCCCCUUGUAGAUCCCCUUCAACUCCACGACAUCUACGCUAUCGACAGUCUGGAGUACAAACAACUGACAACAGUCAUUGCUCCGUUUCUCCUGCUUCUGCUUUUGCCAUUGCUACAGCUGCAGCUGGACAUGGAAGUCCGCCAGGAUUCAAUAACUCCGAACGGACAUGUGAUAAGGAAUUCAUAAUACGUCGAGCAGCCACUAACCGUGUCCUGAAUGUCCUUCGCCAUUGGGUCUCAAAACAUUCUCAGGAUUUUGAAUUGAACAAUGAACUGAAAAUGAAUGUUUUAAAUCUGCUAGAAGAAGUUUUGAGAGACCCUGACCUUUUGCCACAAGAAAGAAAAGCCACCGCCAACAUCUUGAGGGCACUUUCUCAAGAAGAUCAAGAUGACAACCACUUAAAAAUAGAGGAUAUAAUGCAGAUGUUAGAAUGUCCCAAACCAGAAUGCUUUGAAACUUUGUCAGCCAUGGAGCUUGCUGAACAAAUAACUCUCUUGGAUCACAUUGUUUUCAGAAGCAUACCUUAUGAGGAGUUUCUUGGGCAGGGAUGGAUGAAACUGGAUAAAAAUGAAAGAACACCUUAUAUCAUGAAAACCAGCCAACACUUUAAUGAUAUGAGCAACCUUGUUGCCUCCCAAAUUAUGAAUUAUGCUGAUGUUGGCUCACGUGCUAAUGCAAUUGAGAAAUGGGUAGCGGUGGCUGACAUUUGCCGAUGUCUGCACAACUACAAUGGCGUGCUUGAAAUCACAUCAGCCUUGAACAGAAGUGCAAUCUACAGACUGAAGAAAACCUGGGCUAAGGUUUCUAAACAGACUAAAGCUCUUAUGGAUAAACUUCAGAAGACUGUAUCAUCUGAGGGAAGAUUUAAAAAUCUCAGAGAAACACUCAAGAAUUGUAAUCCCCCUUCGGUGCCAUAUCUUGGAAUGUACUUGACAGACCUUGCGUUUAUUGAAGAAGGGACACCAAACUUUACUGAAGAAGGCCUUGUCAAUUUUUCCAAAAUGCGAAUGAUAUCACAUAUCAUCAGGGAGAUACGCCAGUUCCAACAGACUUCCUAUCGAAUAGAGCAUCAACAAAAGGUCACUCAGUACUUACUUGACAAGAGCCUCAUCAUAGAUGAAGAUACUUUGUAUGAACUAUCCCUAAAAAUUGAACCCAGACUGCCUGCCUGAGAAAUCAGCAUUGUCGUCAGCAUACCAAGAACUUUAGUGUAACGGAAAAAUUAUGCAUGGCAUGCCCCUACAGAAUGCAAGGGGGAAACGCUGAGAAGAAUUCAAGUUCCCUUUUCUAUAAAGGGACUCAAAAGCCUCAUGGAAAUUCGUUUUCAGGCAAGAAGAAGCAGCUGCUGGAGGUGAAAGACAAAAUGUCAGAGACAUGGGCUAAAUGAUUGUUGCUUUGCAAAGGUAACAUUUCAUUAAAAAGACAGACUGUGGAGUUAAUGAAGAGCAGAAGAAAUGGCUGUAAUAACCAUACUGAAGGAGCCAAAGUGAAAUAUAGGUACCAUGUUCAUUAGACUCAAUAAAAAAGGGAAAUGUCGAUAUAAAGAGAAAAGCCUUGCCUACCCGCAUAGACAAAUACAACACAGGGUACACACCGAGCCUGCAAGCAUCCAUGAUUUUGAUCCAUUUGCUUUUCAUCAUAUCCACUGUAAACAAUAGACAUUUAAGGAUCAUAUAUUAAUCUGUAAAGACAACAGGACAACAUUUAACAUCAUCAGAUUAAUGGUAGCUGGUGUGUUAACCAUUAAUUGAAAAAAUCUUCAUAAAUUCAUUGUUAUAUUUAGGUAUCUUAACUCCUUUCCCAAAAUUGAUAGAAGGCUGCAGGAAAGAUGUCGCAUAUCAAAAGCUAGCUGCAUGUUGUAAAAUACAAAUUUCUUAUCUGAACAUAUGGUGAAGCAAUCUAGGCUACAGGUUACCCCACAUUUUUGCAAGAGGUAAAAGCUUAUCUGGGACUUUGUCUGACAUUUGAGUUUCAUCAGAAAUGAGCUUCCUUUUGUAGAUGAAUUGCUUGGAUAUUUUAUAAUUUUGCUUUUGCAGAUAGUAGAGUUAUUCUUAUAAUUUCGGGUAAAAUAUAUGUCUCAAUGCAGCAUCCUAUAUGUUCUCCAGGGCACACGCACAGCAACUACCUGUGUGGGCUUUCUCUGUUCAAUUCAGCUACAAGCAAAUAUCACAAUGUGUGGAGUGAGCAUUUUACUCCACUGUAGCAAAUGUGUAAGACCUUGCAGAUGGGCUCAAUUUGUGCAUCCAAGCCCAGUAAUCAUAGGAAAUAGUUGGGCCAGGGUAAAAAUAUGAAUUGUAUAUGACUUUGAAUUCCUUAGUGUAUCCUUUAGAGUGAACUUUGAAGGGUUGUCAGACUGCCAGACAAAGCACACUCGUGCAUCACUAAUAUACACCAUAACCAUGACCCACUACUCUGUGAUAUCCACUAAAGUUCCACUAGCCAAUAUUCUGAGAAGCAGAACAUUGCUGGACUCACCAGAGCUGCUGUACAUUGCUGAACUCACCAUCGCUGCUGAAUGACUUAAAACUGUUUCAACAGUUUUACAGUGCUACUUUCAUUGGAAACAGUUUCUGCCCAGAAACUGUUCCGCAGUUGCCUCAUCCUAUCAGGGCUGCCUUUCAAGUUGUGCAGCAGUACUGGCAGGUACUUAACACCAACCUUCUGCUGUGUGGAAUAUCAGCCACUAUGGCCAAUAUGUUUGUACAUGUAAAGAUAUGGGCAUGACCCCAAUGUUGACAUAAAUGUAAUAAUUUGGUAGCCUGAGAUGCAUGUAGUGGCUUUUAUGUACACAAAAAACCCCACACAAGCUGGAAUUUCCCCAUUCUCUUGGAAAGCAUAGACAAACUGCAGACCCUUCUAGCAUUAAGCUGAGUACACACACUGGAACUGGGCAGUUUUAGGUUGCAGCCAUGGUCUGCAACGAGAGGAGAGCUGGUAUUAUGGUAGUAAGCAUAACUUGUCCCCUUAGCUAAGCGCGAUCCGCCGUGGUUGCAUAUGAAAGUGAGACUAGAAGUGUGAGCACUGUCAGAUAUUCCCCUCAGGGGAUGGAGCCGCUCUGGGAAGAGCAGAAGGUUUCAAGUUCCCUCCCUGGCUUCUGCAAGAUAGGGCUGAGAGAGAUUCUUGCCUGCAACCUGGGAGAAGCCACUGCCAGUCUGUGAAGCCAAUACUGAGCUAGAUAGACCAAUGGUCUGACUCAGUAUAUGGCCGCUUCCUAUGUUCCUAUGUCUACUAGAAUAUUUAUAUUUCUGAUACAGGUUUCUAAAAGUAUUUUGUACUUACACAUAUACCGUAAUAUUGAUGAUUACUGAUAGAAUAUAAUUUUUAGAGUGUAAAAUCUAAUCAGUAAUUUGUUUAGAUCAGUAAUUUUCCUGGCUGACCUACAGCACGGAAGCACCAUUGCAGCAAGAAGAGCAGGCAGACAGCACUUUCCAACUAUCUGCAGAGGUGUAUCAGGGAAAGGGCAAUUUUUGAUGAGCUCCCCUUCCCGAAGAAGCCCUCUGUGCGACCCAAAAAUAUCUCCUUGAGGGCUGUACAGCACUCAGGGACAUAUUUUUGGGUGGCACAGAGGGCUUCCUGGAGAAGAAGAGGUUGUAAAGUAUUCCCUCUUCCCCAGUGCAGUUAGUUGGGAAGUUCGGUUCCACUCACUGUUCUGGUGCUUUCUUGCUCUGUAUGUCAGCCAGAGAUUCUAAAUUUUAAGAUUAGACAUAUCUAUUUUAACAUUAAUUUUAAAACAGUUUGGAAAAGUGUUUAUUUAUUGACUCAGUGGAUAAGCAGCAAAGGUUUUCUCCACCCCUCCACACCUCAAAUGCCUCAUCACAUUGGCAAAAUAAAAAUAUGGGAUGUAAUCCAGGCAGUUCUAAGCCCCUUUUAUGUCCAACUGAAUUCAUUGGGGAUAAUGUACUUCAAUCUUUUUCAUUCAAAUCAGUGGGACUUAAAACACUUAUUGUUAGCUGAGUUGUGCUCAUUAUUUGUAACUUGUUUCUAAAAAAUCCUAUUUUGUGAUCCCAGAUUAAAUCAUUUGGUUUCAAAUAUGUAUGGUACUAUUUAUGGUUCCUUGAUGAAGAGUAGCCUUUGUCUGCAGUUUCAUGGAAAGUAAACACAAACUCAUACUCGAAUCACAGUAUAUGAUAUAAGCACUGUUGAAUAACUAGGCUGGAAAAGUGUCUUUCCUUUUCCACUGACUAUCAGCCAAUUGACAAAAUAAGGCUAGAUAUCAUUCUUUACCUCCUUUAAACCCUUUCAGGGAGAUAGCCAUUUUAAAAGAUUGUGAACUAUGUAUAUUUGAGCUGAUGUUUGUUAUCACAUACUAAGCUGCUAACUCUUAACAGUGGGAAAUGGAUCUGCCUGGCUUAUGUUUUUUUUCUUUAUUUGCACUUUAAUUAGAUAUUGCCAGCCCAGACAAGAGCUGAUCAAUAAAUUCCACUUUUGUCUAACUGUAAAUGCUAGCAUUUAUAAAUUAUCUGUGCAGUAGUAAGCUUUAUCAUUUGUUGCCUACAAAAGACCACCUUCAUAAAUAAUUUCAUGACUAAACAUCAAAAGACAUAUUGGAAAAACUUCUUAAGUUAAAAAGAAUUAAGGAGAAAUAUCCAAAGGCAUGAUUAAAUAGUUCUGAUUAAUGAAUGUGAUAGAAGUGAAUAUGAAAUGUCAUUAUUAUUAUUAUUAUUCAUUUAUUUCUCUUAAAGCUGCUGUUCUUUUUAUUAGUGACCAAUAAGAGAAGCUGACUGAUGCAUGAUAAAACCUAAGCAUGGGUUAUUUGGACCAAACAGUAAUUUUACUGCAUAUUUUCAGUGUGUGUUUUUUUAAUGCUAUAUGUGAGUUAUUGAAGAAAAAUACACUGAAUUCAAAAGGGACUACCCUUUUUACUUGUGUGUGUAUUUUUUUUAACUCAACACCCAUCAACCCACCUCCACAAAAUUCGAUACAAGAAGAGUCCUUUCAUAAGCAUCAUUUGUGAUGUAUAGUGGUUGAUUUAUAAUUUCAUUCAAUGUAUGCUUUGUACUUUGGGGUCCUUUGCCCACCCUGCAGCAGAAUGUGCAUUUGUGUCUCUGUCCUAUUUAUUUGUCAACUUUCAUUAAAAUGUAGGUGAAAUCUA